AAAAACAGUUUCCUCUGUUGAUGGGUGUCGAGUUUCUGUAAAAAAUCCAAUUUGAUUAUUUUUUUGCGUCUUAAUAAUACUGCAGUUGAUUUAAAAUGGUUUUAUCUAAGUGUUUGUAUUGAAAAUAGUCCUGAGCGGUCGCGUUAAGUCUUGUAAAUAAGUUGUAAACAAAUCCAAAAUGUCCGUUCCGAGUACUGGCUUGAGCAAACUGAAGAAGAAACACAUUCGUGUAAAACACCAGAAAGUGAAAUUAUUCAGAGCUAAUGAACCAUUACUGUCCGUUUUUAUGUGGGGUGUAAAUCAUACGAUAAAUGAACUAAGUCAUGUUACAAUACCAGUCAUGCUGCUCCCUGAUGAUUUUAGAGCAUAUUCAAAGCUUAAAGUUGACAAUCAUCUAUUCAACAAAGAAAAUAUGCCAUCACAUUUCAAGGUGAAGGAAUAUUGUCCGCUGGUGUUCAGGAACCUCCGUGAGAGGUUUGGAAUCGACGACAUCGACUACAAAGAAUCACUCACAAGAUCUCAACCGACACCUGACGAGUCGUCGGGCAAGUCGGGCGCGAAGUUCUAUCAGAGUUAUGACCGGCUGUUUAUCCUGAAGACCCUCACAUCUGAAGAAGUGGAGAGGAUGCACUCCUUCCUUAAACAUUAUCAUCCUUAUAUAGUGGAACGGCACGGCAAGACCCUACUGCCCCAAUACCUGGGCAUGUACCGGCUCACCGUGGACGGCAUCGAGCACUAUCUCGUGGCCACCAGAAACGUGUUCUCAAACCACCUCAACGUUCACAAGAAAUACGAUUUGAAGGGCUCAACCGUGGACCGGGAGGCAUCGGAAAAGGAACUGGAGAAGGAGCUGCCCACCCUCAAGGACAACGACUUCAUAAAGCAGGGCGUUCGCAUCGAUAUAGGCGACGCGGCCAAAGACAAACUUCUGGAAACGCUCACCGCGGACGUUGAGUUCCUCACAAAACUCCACCUGAUGGACUACUCCCUACUGCUGGGCGUUCACGAAUGCGGACGAGGCGAGGCCGAGGCAGAAGCGGCGAGGCAACGGGAGGCGGAGAACGAGUCCGACAAUAACGACACCGACACUGAUACGGAUACUGAUAACCGACACCACGGGGAUAGAUGGGGUUGUAACACGCCACCUGAUAGUCCGCGUGGAUUCGCGCGCCAAGCGUCACUGCGAUACCAGGGCAUUAUACCCGAACUCGACAUAUAUGCCAUACCCAGCCAUGAAGGCUCACCCAAGAAAGAAAUAUACUUUGUUGCUCUUAUUGAUGUGCUGACGCAUUACGGAGUGAAAAAACAGGCGGCGAAAGCAGCUAAGACAGUGAAAUAUGGCAGCAACGUUGACGGAAUAUCCACCUGUGAUCCCGAACAGUACGGGAAGAGGUUUAUAGAGUUCGUCGCGAAAGCCAUAGAAGGCAAUUAGGCAUUACAACUGCUUAACGGGUGCUUCUAGUAACGAGCGACUGUCUUAUUUCUUGAUACAUCUCGUAUAAGACUAUAGUAAUUUGCGUUAUUAGCGGGAUUGCUAUCUAAUAAACUUUGUUUUUUGCAAGUGUCAAUAACUGGUUACUUCGUGAUCAUGGCAUUUGCAACAGUGCCGAGAUGUCAGGGAUUCGCAAAAAACAAGGUAUAAUCUAGCUAUAUUGAGGCAGUCAGCGCAAAAGUGGCCUAACUUUCAAUUAUUCAUAUUCUGAUUAAGCGGCUUAGGCCACUUAUGGAGUUUAUGUUGAGAGAAAAAAAUCAAUGCAUAAAUUACUUUUGCAACGCCAUCUAUUGACGCCUGAAUUCACUGACGAUAUUAAAUUAAAUUUUAACACAUUUUGAUUGAAUAGGGAAGAUGCAUAUAUAAUAUUUAUGAAAAUUUUAUGAUUAAAAUGUUAAAAAAAUAUAAAAG